GUCUUAAACUAAUACUGACUUCAGAUACCUGUUCACUUCACUGCAAUCAAAAGCGGGCUGAUGCGAAAGAGACUCAGAGAGCGGAGGAGACAGAACAAGGAAACGAAGGAGAACACUAACAAGGGAAUAAUAACAGAAGGAAGGAGUGACAGAGGCCCUGCCCCACUGGGUGGCUCAACCAUGAAGUUGAACAUCAUUUGUAGCUUGUUUCUGCUCCUGGGUGUUCAAACAGUAAAGGGAGGCAGAGCCCAGCGCAAACAGAGACAAGCUGAAGAGAGCCUGAGACCAUACAUUGGCAGAGUUAAACCAGAAAAGCUUUGUGAGCUGCUGAAAUGCCGUACUCCAGUGGGGUCUUGGUGCCAGGUAGUUCAAGAAAACGGAAUUCUCAUCCCCAAGUGUGUUUGUCCUCAGUCCUGUCCUCGGCAGAGGGCACCAGUGUGCAGUGUUGUGGGAAAGACCUAUGAGAAUGAGUGUUGGCUUCAUAAAGAUGCCUGCAGAAAGAGGCACCGCACCGGACUCGCGCACACAGGACCCUGUCUAGUCCCCAAGGGUAAAUGCACCGAGGAGGAGUUAGGCCAGUUUCCAUAUCGUCUCCUGGACUGGUUUCUGCUCUUGAGUCGUAUGGGGGAAUCCUACGCACCUGCUGCCCCGCCCCAGAGCUGCCUGAGCCACACCCAGAGGACACAGCUGGCACAAAAAAGAUUUACCCUGUUGGACAGGAAUAAAGAUGGCAAGUUGAGCCGCAGGGACCUGAAGAAGCUGCAUUAUAAGAGGAUGCCUUUGGAGCACUGUGCUACACCAUUUUUUCAGUCAUGUGAUCGUAACAGGAACAGGGAGGUGACCCUCAAUGAGUGGACAGCAUGUUUGGUGGAUCGUUCUGAGGCCUGGUUCUAUCAAUUAAUGUCAAUGAGAAUGGGUUCUCUGAAGUUGUGUCCUACAAUCAAAAGGAACUACCUCUGACACGUCUAAUUCUUUGUGCUGUUAGGAACUUGCAGGUCAUAUCAUGACAGUUACUUGAUUUUAAAGCUGAUAUUAAAG